AUGGGCUGUUUCGCUCCUUAUACAGAAACGCCCAUGUUUCCACACCACAUAAAGGAGAUCCAGGACAGCCAUUAUUUCUAACUCCUUAUAUUGAAGCUGGGAAGUUUGCAGAAGAUAGAUCCGUGGAAUGCUCCAGUCGUCCUCUGGCUGCAGGGAGGGCCGGGAGGCUCAUCCAUGUUUGGACUCUUUGUGGAACACGGACCUUAUAUUGUCACAAGAAACAUGACCGUGCGUGCCAGAGACUUUCCUUGGACCACUAUAUUUUCCAUGCUCUACAUUGAUAAUCCAGUGGGCACAGGCUUCAGUUUUACUGAACAUCUCCAGGGAUAUGCAGUGGAUGAGGACGAUGUGGCACGAGACUUAUACAGUGCACUUACUCAGUUUUUCCAGUUGUUCUCUGACUAUAAAGACAAUGACUUUUAUGCCACUGGGGAGGAACCUGAGGACCAAAGUUACUACAGGAAAUUUUUGUCCCUCCCACAAGUGAGACAAGCCAUCCACGUGGGAAACCAGGCUUUUAGUGAUGGAUCCAAAGUUGAAAAGUACUUGCGAGAAGAUACAGUAAAGUCAGUGAAACCAUGGUUAACUGAAAUCAUGAAUAAUUAUAAGGUUCUAAUCUACAAUGGCCAACUGGACAUCAUCGUGGCAGCUCCCCUGACAGAGCGCUCCUUGAUGGCCAUGAACUGGAAAGGAUCCCAGGAUUAUAAGAAGGCAGAAAGAAAAGUUUGGAAGGUCCUUAAAUCUGAUCCUGAAGUGGCUGGUUAUGUACGGCAAGUGGAUAGCUUCUAUCAGGUAAUUGUUCGAGGUGGAGGCCACAUUUUGCCCUAUGAUCAGCCUUUGAGAUCUUUUGACAUGAUUAAACGAUUCAUUUUUGAAAGAGGAUGGGAUCCUUAUUGAUGGAUCAGCUACUUUCCUAAAAGAGAACGUCAG